AUGGGUGAGCCCAGUGGUGCUAGAGACAGUCUCGCUCUCUCCAAUCUCCUCAUCUGUCACGAAUCCGAGUCUUCUUUUAACGAUGAUGACGAUGAGACCAAUCCCAAGAGAUCUGAUGAGCAGCAACCUCACUCUGUAACAGCGAUCGGAGACGACGAUGAAGAUUAUGUGGCGGAGCUUGCUCGCAAAGAGAAUCGGCGAUUCGAAGCCGCCGAACCCACGAAAACGACGUCGUCUUUUGAUAGAUUGAUUGCAAUCGAUUGGAUUCUCACUACAAGAACGAGAUUCGGAUUCCAACACCAAACCGCAUACAUUGCAAUCUCAUACUUCGAUCUGUUCCUCGAGAGAAGAUUCAUCGGUUUGCAGAGAGAUGAAUCAACAUGGGCGAUUCGAUUGUUAUCAGUGGCUUGUUUAUCACUAGCUGCGAAAAUGGAGGAACGGAUUGUUCCCGGAUUGUCACAAUACCCGCAAGAUCAAGACUUUAUUUUCAAACCGGACGUGAUCCGUAAAACAGAACUGAUGAUCUUAUCGACAUUGGGUUGGAAGAUGAACUUGAUCACUCCCUUUCACUACUUGAACUACUUCGUUGCUAAAAUCUCUCGAGAACAUAACCAUUCUGUUUCUAAAGACUUGGUCUUGUUAAGAUCCUCUGAUUCUCUUCUCGCUCUAACCAAAGAGAUAAGCUUUACGGAUUAUCGACAGUUUGUUGUUGCUGCUGCCACUACAUUGUUAGCUUCUUCUACUUCAAUGGAUAUUAGACUGACGAGAGAAGAAAUGGCGAGCAAGUUUGGAUCAAUCUCUUGGUGGACAUCUAAUGUCAAUGACAAUGUGUAUUCAUGUUAUGAGAGAAUGCAGGAGAUUGAGGAGAGGAAACAUAUGACACCGCCGGAAGCAGCCGGGGAUAUACAACCGGCGGUGGCAUCAGGGAGUGGUGUUAAACGCCGCUUGUCUUUUGAUGACUCUGAUCAGACUUCUCCGGUCAAGAGAAUGCGUAGGCUCUGA